AUGGAAGAGAAGCCCAAGUUUAACGACAAGGACUUGAUCUACAAGAGCAAGCAAGCCUACAUCGAGGAGAAGACAGAAGCCAUCAACAAUGGCACUGUCAAGCCACGCUCUCCUACUCGCUCCGGCUUCCGUGGUGGCCGUGGAGGCAACAAUGGGUCGAAGAGAAAGCGCUACAACGACGACGACGCAGACGAGGAUGUCGAAGACCGCGACAACUGGCGCGAGCGACGCGACAAGUUCCAGAAGGACGGUCGUGGCCGCGGCCGUGGACGCGGUCGGAACGAUCGUCGUGGCGGACGCGAUCGCAGCGCCAGUCGCUCCGCAUCUCGCAGCCGCAGCCCUGUCUUGAAGAAAGAAAUCAAGUCGGAGAAGGACGCGGACGAAAAUGUGCAGACGGGAGCUGAAGCCAAGGAGGCUGUGGAGACGGAGGCUGUGAAGACGGAGGCUUAG